AUGGAAGCUCAUCAUCGUCCCUCGCAAAGUAAUCCCGAAUAUAAAAACAUCAUUAUGCUAUUGAAUGCUAAGUUGUCGAAUCCUCAAGAAAAAAAAUAUUCAUCGGCUUUUUUUGACGCUUCUCUUCAUUAUGUCCUUAAUCAAUACAAAACGAAUUUCUCAAAGCACUUGUUAUGCACCCCUGAAUUGGCGGAUAUUGUUAUUGAAAUGACGCCGUUGUUUUUAGUCGAGAGGCCCGAUGAUGAUGUUGGGAUGUUUCGGGAAAUUGUAGACUUUCAAAUGAACCAAUGCAUUGAUUGUGUUAGGGUGUAUCACAAAAAAAUGAGAAAACUUAUUCAAAGAUGGAAGGGAAUGUACGAUGAGACGUCAAUUGAAUCGUUUCGUAAUAAGAUAGAAUCGUAUUGUAUGGCACGAAUACGGAAAAAUCUAGCAAAACUCAAACAAAGUCUUCUUGGGCUAGGUACCAUGGAUUCUCAAGAGUUGCUAGGCAUUGAGGAUAGAUCCUCAGAUCCAAACAAUAUUUCAUCGAUAUUCGAAGUUCUUUGCUUUCCAAGAUCACUUCAACAAAAAAGUUUAAACAAGUUAUUUGUUGAAGUAGUAACGAUGCUUAUUCAACGAGGAAAUUGUCCUCAACCAACGGAUUACUUUCUUCCUGGUGUAUUUAUUGCUUCUUUACAUGAAAAUCACGAGAUACAGAGCUGGGCAUGGUCAACAUUCCUAAAUAUGAAUAUGAAUCUUGCACUUAACUUGAGCGAAGUUUUGGAAGAAGAAUUUGAUUCGGUGAUUUGCAGUAUAUUGUCAUACUUCGUUGAAUUAAAUACAUUUUCAACGGGAUUUUACACACAAUAUCCUUUCACCAAUGAUAUCCUGCUAUCCUGGAAAGGUGUCGAGAUGAUCCUACUUAAAAUGGAGAAGGAAAUAAUCACGGAUUUCUUUGUUAGAGGAAAAUCGAACAUUAUAACCGCUUUCAUCAAUUAUCUACCCUAUGCCGUUGAAUCAAGUUUUAUUGAGAUGAUAAAUUGCUUUUCAAUCAUUUUGGAAAAAGUUGGUAACGAAUUUUGGAGACUAAUCUCAAAUCAAGCGCCCGCUUUUGUUCAACUUAUAUUCGACACAUUUUUCUCAAUAAAUAAAAUGACCCGCCCAUCAUCAAGUUUAUGUACUUCGUUGGUUUUGGCUUUAAAAGUAUUGCGCACUGCAUAUCCAAAAAAAAGAUCAUCGGAACAAGACUCGGACACUGAUUCUCCGGAGGAACCAAUUUGGUUGGUGAUGCUAAGGGAAGAUUCAUCAAAGAUAAAUGAUGUAUACUGUGAGACUAAUAGAAUAACAGAUAUGGACAAUGUUACGAAGCUGGAUUAUCAAUUAAGAUGCAUAGUAUGGAGAAAUCUCUUCAAGUAUGCGUCAGAAAACAUAUUGACUUCUAACACCAGUGCUACAGUUCUUUCAUUCAUGGAAUUUUUUAACAAGAUUGCGCUUAUGGACAAUAUUUUGGAUACAAACCAGACAAGUAUUAAAAAAGAUAAUUUAACCGAUACUUUGGCUGAGUCAAUAUCGAUUACAAAUGAACAUAUGAAUGCAUUUUUGGAAAAACUGCAGAAGAUUGAUACAAAACAAUUGACAACUAUUUUACCUGUAAAUAGCAUUUCUUUUUCGAUCAUUCAUCUUUUAUCUUCACCCGAUGCAAAAUUAAUGAUGUCUGGGUUGGUGAUUCUAAAAAGGUUAUAUGUUGAGGACUCCUAUAAUAAAUUAAUUAGAGAGAGCACAAAAUCAACUAUUCAAGGACUUAUAGAAACUAUUAAUAUUUUUCUCCAAUGGACCGAUGUUGGAUGUGAUACUCUGAAGCUAGCUAUUUGCAUAAAGGAUCUCUUGAAUAGAUUUUUUCCACUGAUAUUCGGAACAAAAGGUAUAUUUAAAAGUAAAGAUAGACAAGAUGACAAAAACCUUGCUCUAGAAUUCUGGAAUAUAUCAUGGAUUGGAUACUCUAAGGUUUUUCAGAUGUGCGCAAAGUGGGACCGAAUGGCAAUGAUAAUGAGAAAGAAUGAAAUUAAAAAUCUUUUGCUAGAAUUUUUGAAUCUCGCGACCGUUACUCUCAAAGCACUUGAAGAUCCUACUUUGAAAUCAUCAAUUUCAUUGAACGAUACUCAGAAACUAUAUUUCUCUAUUUUGUGCACGGCACUCGAAUUUAAUGACAAAGAUUUACUCAAGGUGGCUGUCCAAAAGACCGUGGAAAUUCUUGAUUUCCUGAUUGUUCAGAAAUGUGUCAUUGAGGCAAAAUUAUAUGUAAAAUUGUCGACCUUUUUAAAUUCAGAAAAUAUAUUAAAUGAGAGUGAACUACGAGAGUUGAGUCGAGCGUUGGGGAAUCAUAUCCCAGAAUUUCUCAAUGAAAACUCUGUGGAGCUUCUAUCCAGUGAAGAUGAAUUGUUGGAUUCGGAUUGUGAUUCCAUAAUUAUUUUGGAGAAAUUCGAAGAUUCAAUGGAACAAGUUGAAAAUGCUAGCAUAGAAGCACAACUUUUUGAGGCUACACCAACUGAUGAAGUUCUAACUUCAGAGAAAUCCGAGUUGGAUCUACAAUCAACUACUAUUUCUCCUUCGUAUGUAUCUAAUUCAUCAUGCGAUGUAGUGGAAUCGUUUAUAGGAAGCUACGAUGAUAUAUCAGAGGAAUCAAUAAAUUUUGAUAUUCAUGAUGGUUUUCCAGGUCCAAAUAUUCCCAUAGAAGACGAGUCGGAUCACUCUGGAAGUCGAAAUACAAUACCAGGGGAGAUACCACAAGAUACUAUUCCGGUACUCGGGCGCCUAACAUCAAAACCCAAUUUAACGAAGAAAUUAGAUCAAGAAGAUAUAUAUAUACCAGAGAGUCCUUUGAAAAGCAACAUUAUGCUAUCAUCUUCUGAAAGUUCUCGUUCAAAAAAAGGCCUUCCAUCUAUCAAUGAUAUAAUAAUCGAUUAUUCAGUUACGCUUAGCGAAAAAUUGAAAACAUCAGAAAAGGGUAUAAGCACACAAGCAAACCGACCGGCACUAAAAAAAGCAACCGCUGUAAACUUAAGUAAUGAUUUAUCCCCAGCUAAAGUAGUUAAAAGGGUUACUUUUAACAUUUCGGAUACGGAUACCAGUGUGGAUGGUUCAAGCUCCUCAAAUAAUAAUACCACGGACUUAUUGGAAAAAAGCACGUUGAGUUUUCGCAAAGCGAUAAAGAAAAAGGCAUCUAUGUCUAGGCGUGAAACUAUGGAUUCUUCGGAAGUCAGUUGCGAUCGCUCUGACGUUUCAAAUAUUAACAAAAGAACCAUUCAAGAUGACUUUUUUGAUAGAGGCAACGAGAUGGCAUUAGUUCAACAUUUAUCAAAAAGGCAGAAAGUAAACAACAAAGAUAUAACGAGAUUUAAGGCGAUCCCAUUUUCUGCGGAAAAAGGUCAAUUGUCGAACUUAACUAUUGAAGAAUCAGUAGACUCUGUUUAUAAAAAUGUCGAACGGUCUCAAGAACAAAUAUCCAUAAAAAACGAUUCAGAAUCUCAAAGUUGCAAUAAUAGUUUUAGUUCAAAAAGUGAAGCCAACACUUCCUCGAUGCGAUCAGGAGAAUUAAAAGAAUUUAGGGGCCCUCCUAAGCUUCAGAAUCCUUCAUUAUUGUCAUCUUUGCACAAGCAAAUAUUGUUAUGGGAUAUUGAUUUAAGAGACGACUUCCCUCCAAAUGUCACCACAAGAGAAUAUAGAGAUAUACCAAAUGAUUUUAAUUCUGUGGAAGAAUAUAUUACUACGUUUGAGCCGCUACUAUUACUUGAAUUUUGGCAACGUUUAAUUGAUUCGAUGGAAGAAAUCGAUGAAGUAAAUCAGCUCAUGUAUAAACUUCAGUCAAUAACGAUGGUUGAUGACUUUGUGGAGAUUCAAUUAAUGCCAGUAAGAAAGGAAUCGUUGUUAUUCAAAAAGCUCACUGAAAAUGAUCUCAUGUACAUAACUCAAAAAGAAGAAUACCGGCCGCCCAAAAAUUUUUUGGCACUCGUCAAAUCAGUGAAGACUGAUAGAUCGAAUGCUGGGUUAACAUUAAAAUGUUUUUUUGGUACCGAUCCGAAAAACAUCAAAUCCAGCCUAGGGGUUAAUAGCGAAUGGAGAGCUUCGAAGAUCAUAAGUCUGAAACCACUUACUCGAGAAUACGAUGCAUUGACUUCUCUCUCAAAUUUUGUUACGAAAGAUUUUAUUCUCAAACCAUUUGAAAACGAAAUACCACCAAUUUCAUAUGAUGACAUAGUUCUCUAUAAGCACAUAUACAAUGUUAAUGAAUCACAAGCUCGGGCUAUAUUGAGAGUUGUUAAAGGAAAACCUGGGUUUUCAUUGAUCCAAGGACCUCCGGGUACAGGGAAAACUAGCACUAUUGUAGGCAUAAUCUCUGCUGUUUUCGCCUUUAAUUCAAGUGGAAAGAUUUUGGUGUGUGCUCCAAGCAAUGCUGCAGUCGAUGAAUUGGUGAAAAGGCUGAUGAACGGAAUAUAUAAUUCAUAUGGAAAGUUGAAUAGGGUAAAUGUUGUCAGGAUCGGAUCUCCAGAAAAUUGCCAUGAGGAUGUCAAGCAUAAAACUCUUGAUUACCAGGCAGAAAAGAUUUCAAGAAAUAGUUCCAUCAUCACUGCAAAACAAGAAAUUUUAUCAAGUGCAGAUAUUAUUUGCUCGACAUUAACGGGAAGCGGACAUGAAAUCUUAAACAUCUUUAAUGAAUUUGAUACCGUUAUUAUCGAUGAGGCAGCACAGGCAGUUGAGCUUAACACUUUGAUUCCACUCAAAUUCAAUCCAAGGCGGUGUGUUUUAGUUGGCGAUCCUAAUCAACUUCCUCCGACAGUUCUUUCACACGUUGCUACACAACAUUCAUACGAGCAAAGUCUCUUUGUAAGAAUUCGGAAUAAUUUUAAAAACAAAGAGUCUAUCAUGAUGCUCAACACCCAGUACAGAAUGCACCCCUUAAUUAGUAAUUUCCCCGGUUCCUACUUCUAUAAUAAUUUAUUGAAGGACGCUCCAGAAAUCGAAAGUGAUCUCAUCCGGCCAUGGCAUGCCAAUAUUCUGUAUGCUCCUUAUAGAUUUUAUAAUGUUGCUCAGAGCGAAAUGGAGCAAGAUAAGAAUCAUUCAUUAUACAACCCUGUUGAAGCUCGAGUUUUAGCUAGUGCAUAUAGAAGAUUGGUUCUAGAUUUUCCUGAUAUCAAGAACUGGAGUUCCUUAAUCGGUGUAAUUACUCCCUACAAGAAACAAAAGCUUCAACUCGAAAUUGAAUUUGGGAGAGUGCAUGAUUUACUACCUUACAAAAUGAAGGUACCGGAAAUUAAAACAGUGGACGGAUUUCAAGGGAGGGAAAAGGAAAUAAUUAUGUUCUCUUGCGUUCGUGCGGGAGAAGACAAAACUCUAGGAUUUCUGGGGGAUAUUCGACGAAUGAAUGUUGCAAUGACUCGUGCUAAGCGCUCACUAUGGAUAUUUGGAUGUCAAAAAUCCUUGGUUCAUAAUAAAGCGUGGGAAGCACUGAUCAGUGAUGCAAAAGCAAGAGCUGUAUACACAAAUGCAUCCGUAGAAUUUUUUUCAAGAAGUAUUUUUGUUACAGAUAGUGUAUCCCAAGAAUCUGAUGAGGAGUCUUCGAGGUCAAGAAAGGAUGAUUCUCCAACUCGGCAGAAAGAACGAAAGAGUUCACUUAGAUCUCGCUCGAAGUCGCCAGAUCGAAAUAACGACAAACAAUUAUCUCGGAUUCGCAAUAAAAGUAAUGUUGAGGAUCGAUCACAUUCCACUUCACGUCCGCAAAGUACUCCCUCACCAUCCCGGAAGAGUGUAGAAGCCUCAAUUAACCGCGACAAGUCCCCAAAAGAACAGGAUAAAGAAGAUAGAACACGUUAUCGUAAUCGCAAUGAACCUGUUCGUAAGGAGAUUAAUCACAAUGAAUCUGCACGUAAGGAGAUUAAUCACAAUGAAUCUAUACGUAAGGAGACGAAUAACGAUGAAUCUGUACGUAAGGAGACGAAUAACGAUGAAUCUGUACGUAAGGAGACCAACAGCAAUGAAUCUGUACGUAAGGAGACCAGUCGCAAUGAAUCUGUUCGUAAUGAGAUCAACCACAUUGAAUCUGUCCGUAAGGAGACCAGCUGCAAUGAAUCUGUUCGUAAGGAGACCAGCUGCAAUGAAUCCGUUCGUAAGGAGAUUAGCUGCAAUGAAUCUGUUCGUAAGGAUAUAGAUCUUAAUGAAUCUGUUUGUCAUGAGAUCAGUCGAAAUGAAUCCAUUCGUAAUGGGGUCAGUCGCAAUGAGCCUGUUCGUAACGAGACUAGUCGCAAUGAAUCUGGUCGUAAAGAGACUAACCGAAAUGAAUCUAUUCGUAACGAGACUAGUCGCAAUGAAUCUGGUCGUAAAGAGACUAACCGAAAUGAAUCUAUUCGUAACGAGACUAAUCACAAUGAAUCUGUUCGUAAUGAAACUAAUCACUACGAAUCAAUUCGAAACGAGGCUAAUCACAAUGAAUCUGUUCGCAAUGAGACUAAUCACAUUGAAUCUGUUCGUAAUGAGGUCAAUCACAAGGAAUCUGUUCGUAAUGAGAUCAAUCACAAGGAAUCUGUUCGUAAUGAGAUCAAUCACAAGGAAUCCGUUCGUAAUGAGACCAAUCAAAAUGAAUCGAUUCGUAACGAGAAAAACCACAAUGAAUCUGUUCAUGAUGAGACCAGCCGCAAUGGGUCGAUUCGUAAUGAGACUGACCGCAAUGAAUCUGUUCGUAAAGAAAUCAAACACAAUGAACAUGUUGAUAAUGAGAUAAGUCGAAAUGAGUUUGUUCAUAAUGAGACCAGUCGCAAUGAAUUUGCUCGUGGUGAGAUUGGUCGCAAUGAAUCUUCCUGUAAUGAGAAUGAUCGCAAUGAGUCUGCUUGUGAUGAGAUUAGUCGCAAUGAAUCUGUUCGUAGUGAGAUUAGUCGCAAUGAAUCUGCUCGUAAUGAGAUUGGUCGCAAUGAAUCUGCUCGUAAUAAGAUUAUUCGCAAUAAGAUCAAUCACAAUGAGAUUAGUCGUAAUAAAACUAACCGUAAUGUAGUUAAUAACCAAUUUGUUGAAACUCACCGUCCUUUAGUUGAAGGAAAAAAAUCAGUAAAAUUAACUCGAAAACAGAUGAGAUCGACAAAUGAACAAGAAUGGACUUUUCACCGUGAACGUAAUUUUCAUUUGCCUUACCGAAAAAAUAACGUUAGAUUCCUCCGAAAGAAUGGAAAACCUGCACGUCAAAAAGAUCCUCAAAACGAUCCACUUUAUUUUUCUCAUUUUUAUCAAGACAGCCCUGAUAAUAAUUUUUAUCAUGACGUCCUCGAGAAUAGUUUUUAUCAGGACGUCCCCGAACAUAGUUUUUACCAUGAUGUCCCCGAGCAUAGUUUUUAUCAUGACGUUCCCGAAAAUAGUUUUUAUCAUGACAUCCCCGAGAAUAAUUUUUAUCAAGACAGCCCCGACAAUAACUUUUAUCAAGACAGCUCCGAUAAUGGUUCCUAUUCACCACGCUGGAAAUAUGAGAGAAAUUUACGGUCUAAUAACAAGCGUGAAGGUCAUAUUCACAACUUAUCUUAUGAUAAUCAAGAACGCGUAAAUUAUUCUUUCAAACGUGAUGGAAAAAAAUCAUCCAUUAGUGACCGUCUUGGAAAAAUAGAUCGACCUGUAGAAUGUGUUGAUGAACGUGUUAGGAAGCUUUCGAGGCCUACAAAUAAAAGAAGAUAUAACAUUCUAUCGGUUGGUCAAGAAAGAGAAGUCCAAGCUCCUGGACGAGAAGAGAAUCGAAAUAAAAGACACAUGAGUCCUCGAAUGGAUUUUCGUAGAAGAGAAUCCGCACCCAGUCAAAAUAAUAAACGAUUUCCUAGAAGAUGGUAA